AUGACGGACGCGGUGUUCCAGGCGCCCAAACGGCGGGCCAGAGUGUAUGAGGCGUAUGACGCCCCGUUCCCGGUCCCUCUGGCUGCGGAGGAAGCGAGGCUGCAGCAGACCCUAAUCUACAGAGCAGAGAUGGUCAACCAGCAUGUGAUAGUCAGGGACCCUGAACACAUACAGGCUCUCUACGGCAAGGUGUGUAGCAGACAGCAGGCUCUGUUGUUUAGCUAAAUAUUCAGAUACAUCCACUGGAGAGGAGGCUACUAGUAUGAUGAAGCUAGCUACUAGUAUGAUGAAGCUAGCUACUAGUAUGAUGAAGCUAGCUACUAGUAUGAUGAAGCUAGCUACUAGUAUGAUGAAGCUAGCUACUAGUAUGAUGAAGCUAGCUACUAGUCCCACACUACUUCUCUAACUAGCCGUAGUGAAAAGCGUUCACGCGAGAUUUCGUUAUUUUCCAAGAUUAUGGAGCUGCUCAUUUUGACUUUGUCAUGUUGUUAUCAAGGGUUACUUUGGUAAAGGCAUCUUAUCAAGAAGCAGACCAGACCACAGUAUCUCACACCAAUGGGAAAGUGAGUAUUCAACUGCUAAUUCUCUCAAGGCCUAUUAUUGGAUUGGUCAACAGUGUUGUAGAACUGGCCCAUCUAAACGUGUCUUCUCUCCGUCUCUGUAGAGUUUGGUGAGAGAGUUCUGCCUGUCAUCUCCCUGAUCAAGUAAGUAUCUGUUGAUAGCAGGACUGGAUGGUUACAGCAGUAGCUCUCAUCUGAAUGUUCUGAACUAUACAGUCGUGGUCAAAGGUUUUGAGAAUGACACAAGUAUUGGUCUUCACAAAGUUUGCUGCUUCAGUGUUUUUAGAUAUUUUUGUCAGAUGUUACUAUGGUAUACUGAAGUAUAAUUACAAGCAUUCCAUAAGUGUCAAAGGCUUUUAUUGACAAUUACAUUACGUUUAUGCAAAGAGUCAAUAUUUGCAGUGUUGAGCCUUCUUUUUCAAGACCUCUGCAAUCUGCCCUGGCAUGCUGUCAAUUAACUUCUGGGCCACAUCCUGACUGAUGGCAGCCCAUUCUUGCAUAAUCAAUGCUUGGAGUUUGUCAGAAUUUGUGGGGUUUUGUUUGUCCACCCGCCUCUUGAGGAUAGACCACAAGUUCUCAUUGGGAUUAAGGUCUGGGGAGUUUCCUGGCCAUGGACCCAAAAUGUUGAUGUUUUGUUCCCCGAGCCACUUAGUUAUCAUUUUUGCCUUAUGGCAAGGUGCUCCAUCAUGCUGGAAAAGGCAUUGUUCGUCCUCUGUAGCUCAGCUGGUAGAGCACGGCGCUUGUAACGCCAAGGUAGUGGGUUCGAUCCCCGGGACCACCCAUACACAAAAAUGUAUGCACGCAUGACUGUAAGUCGCUUUGGAUAAAAGCGUCUGCUAAAUGGCAUAUUAUUUUAUUAUUACCAAACUGUUCUUGGAUGGUUGGGACAAGUUGCUCUCGGAGGAUGUGUUGGUACAUUUACAUUUACAUCAUUUAGCAGACGCUCUUAUCCAGAGCGACUUACAAAUUGGUGCAUUCAACUUAGGAUAGCCAGUGGGACAACCACUUUUUUUUUUAUGGGGGGGGGGGUAGAAGGAUUACUUUAUACUAUUCCAGGUAUUCCUCGGUUGCAACACUUACUACCGAGUUCCAAACUGCCUCUGGAAGCAACGUCAGCACAAUAACUGUUCGUCAGGAGUUUCAUGAAAUGGGUUUCCUUGGCCGAGCAGCCGCACACAAGCCUAAGGUCACCAUGCGCGAUGCCAAGCGUCAGCUGGAGUGGUGUAAAGCUCGCCGCCAUUGGACUCUGGAGCAGUGGAAACGUGUUCUCUGGAGUGAUGAAUCACGCUUCACUAUCUGGCAGUCCAACGGAUGAAUCAGGGUUUGGCAGAUGCCAGGAGAACGCUACCUGCCCUAAUGCAUAGUGCCAACUGUAAAGUUUGGUGGAGGAGGAAUAAUGGUCUGGGGCUGUUUUUCAUGAUUCAGGCUAGGCCCCUUAGUUCCAGUGAAGGGAAAUCUUAACACUACAGCAUACAAUUACAUUCUAUUCUGUGCUUCCAACUUUGGGGCAACAGUUUGGGGAAGGCCCUUUCCUGUUUCAGCAUGACAAUGCCCCCGUGCACAAAGCGAGGUCCAUACAGAAAUGGUUUGUCGAGAUUGGUGUGGAAGAACUUGACUGGCCUGCACAGAGCCCUGACCUCAACCCCAUCGAACAGCUUUGGAACGAAUUGGAACGCAGACUGCGAGCCAGGCCUAAUCGCCCAACAUCAGUGCCCAGUGCUCUUGUGGCUGAAUGGAAGCAAGUCCCCUCAGCAAUGUUCCAACAUCUAGUGGAAAGCCUUCCCAGAAGAGUGGGGGCUGUUAUAGCAGCAAAGGGGGGACCAAUUCCAUAUUAAUGUCCAUGAUUUUGGAUUGAGAUGUUCAACAAGCAGGUGUCCACAUAUUUUUGGUAAUGUAGUGUAUUGGUGUCUACCAGUUGCACAGCAUGAGUCUACCUCUCUCCUCUCUCCCAGGUACCAGAAGCAUUUGAGCUGGGCACGGGACGUACUCCUAGCUCAGGGAUUGGAGGAGGAUGUUGUCAAUCAGAUGCUGCAGAGACUUUGUCAGCCAAUGGAGCCAGAGCUCAGAGAGGAAAAUGGACAUGAUGACAGAAGAGAGGAAACCGGGUCAGGGGCAGGUAAACUCCAGGACAUGGCCUCAGAGCAGGCAGGGACAGGGGAACAGCAGGUCCAGGCCUUAGCCUCCUGCAGCCCAGACGAUCAGGGGGAGCAGGACAGUGAGUGUCCCCAGGCUAAGAGGCCUAGGAGGCAGGGAGACAGUCGGUUCGACCCCCUGGCUGAGCUGUACCCCCAGGAGCCCCAGCAGAUAGACCAGGCGGCCCUGGAUACGGUCCGGUGCUCCAAGCAUGAUGACUGGCUGGUUGACUGUGGCUGUCGCCUGGAGGACAGCGUGCUGGAGACCCUUACCCUGCAGGGAGACAGACAGGCAGAGGCAGACCGUGGGUAUGAGUAUGUACUGGUGAUGGAGGAGGAGGAAGAGGAAGAGGAGAACAGUGUUGUCAAGGUAAAGUGUAAUUAUCAGGACAAAUAAUUUAACACAUUUUCUCACAAGUUCUUCCUGACCAGGUGACCCAACCAGGAAAACCUCUGGGCCCUAGUUGUAGUCAGGAGUUUGUCCUGGUCUGACUCGUUAUUCAGUGUGAUGGUCUGUAUAAACUGUGUAGCCUAGGCAUACUGUGUCAGACCUUGUUAACAGUGUUAUUAUUGACAAGAUAAGAUGAUAAUAAUGUAACUGAUGUGUUUUGGGAUUUCUCCCCAAUUUUGUGAUAUCCAAUUGGUAGUUACGAUCUUGUCUCAUUGCUGCAACUCCCCAAUGGGCUCAGGAGAGGCGAAGGUCGAGUCAUGCGUCCUCCGAAACAUGACCCGCCAAGCCGCACUGCUCCUUAACACCUGCUCGCUUAACCUGGAAGCCAGCCGCACCAAUGUGUCGGAAGAAAACACUUUUCAACUGACGACUGAAGUCUGUUUGCAGGCGCCCGGCCUGCCACAAGGAGUCGCUAGAGCGCGAUGGGCCAAGGAAAGCUCCCCGGCCAAACCCUCCCCUAUCCCGGACGACGCUGGACCAAUUCUGCACCGCCCUAUGGGACUCCCGGAUCGAACCCCAGGCUGUAGUGAACACUGCGAUGUGUUGGAGGAUCUGUGAUCUUACAUAGACCGCUGCGCCACUCGGGAGGCUCUGGGAUCAUGUUUCUAACGGAUGUGUUCUGGGAUCAUGUUUCUAACGGAUGUGUUCUGGGAUCAUGUUUCUAACGGAUGUGUUCUGGGAUCAUGUUUCUAACGGAUGUGUUCUGGGAUCAUGUUUCUAACGGAUGUGUUCUGGGAUCAUGUUUCUAACGGAUGUGUUCUGGGAUCAUGUUUCUAACUGAUGUGUUCUGGGAUCAUGUUUCUAACGGAUGUGUUCUGGGAUCAUGUUUCUAACGGAUGUGUUGUGGUUCUGUGUGUUGUGUCUGGACAUGUUUGCUGGAUGGUCUGGGAAGUUCUGAGGAUUGUGUGUGCAGGUCUGUGCUGAAGGAGGAGGAGAUCUGUGUAGAGAAACGUGUGGUCAGUCUAGACUGGUCCUCCUGACUCGGGGAGUAUGAACAGUCUGUUCUGAACUGCGUGUCUGGUCUUGUUUUCUGAAGGUGCUGUGUGAGGUCUGCUGCUCGAGGUCUGGGAUAUGUGUUGUCGACAGUCUGGAGUGUUCUGAUGUGAGGUCUGGGUCAUGCUUUGAGUUGGGUCUGCUGUGUGUAGGUACUGGUCUGCUGUGUGAGGUCUGGAGUCAUGAGUGUGAGGUCUGGGUCUGCUGUGUGGUAGGGUCUGGGUUGGGUCUGUGUGUAGUCUGGGUCUGCUGUGUGAGGUCUGGGUGAUCAUGUGAGGUCUGGGUCUGCUGUGAGGUCUGGUCUGCUGUGUGAGGUCUGGGUUGCUGUGUGAGGUCUGGGUCUGCUGUGUGAGGUCGGGUCUGCUGUGUGAGGUCUGGGUCUGCUGUGUGAGUCUGGGUCUGCUGUGUGAGGUCUGGGGUCUGCUGUGUGAGAGUCUGGGUCUGCUGUGUGAGGUCUGGGUCUGCGUGUGAGUCGGUCUGCGGUAGUCUGCUGUGUGAGGUCUGGGUCUGCUGUGUGAGUCUGGGUCUGCUGUGUGAGGGGGAGUCUGGGUCUGCUGUGUGAGGUCUGGGUGAUCUGGCUGUGUGUGAGGUCUGGGUCUGCUGUGUGAGGUCUGGGUCUGUGCUGGGUCUGUGUGAGGUCUGGGUCUGCUGUGUGAGGUCUGGGUCUGCUGUGGUGAGGUCUGGGUCUGCUGUGUGAGGUCUGGGGUACUGCUGUGUGAGGUCUGGGUCUGCUGUGUGAGGUCUGGGUCUGCUGUGUGAGGUCUGGGUCUGCUGUGUGAGUCUGGUCUGCUGUGUGAGGUCUGGGUCUGCUGUGUGAGUCUGGGUCUGCUGUGUGAGGUCUGGGUCUGCUGUGUGAGGUCUGGUGUUCUGCUGUGUGAGGUCUGGGUCUGCUGUGUGAGUCUGGGUCUGCUGUGUGAGGUCUGGGUCUGCUGUGUGAGGUCUGGUCUGCUGUGUGAGGUCUGGGUCUGCUGUGUGAGCGUCUGGGUCUGCUGUGUGAGGUCUGGGUCUGCUGUGUGAGGUCUGGGUCUGCUGUGUGAGGUCUGGGUCUGCUGUGUGAGGUCUGGGUCUGCUGUGUGAGGUCUGGGUCUGCUGUGUGAGGUGGUCUGCUGUGUGAGUCUGGGUCUGCUGUGUGAGGUCUGGGUCUGCUGUGUGAGUCGGGUCUGCGUGUGAUCGGCUGCUGUGUGAGGUCUGGGUCUGCUGUGUGAGUCUGCGUGUGUGAGGGUCUGCUGUGUGGCUUGGGUAUGCGUUGGCGUUGUUGAGGUCUGGGUCUGCUGUGUGAGGUCUGGGUCUGCUGUGUGAGGUCUGGGUCUGCUGUGUGAGCUCUGUGGUGGGUCUGCUGUGUGAGUCUGCUGUGUGAGGUCUGGGUCUGCUGUGUGAGGUCUGGGUCUGCUGUGUGAGGUCUGGGUCUGCUGUGUGAGGUCUGGGUCUGCUGUGUGAGUCUGCUGUGUGAGGUCUGGGUCUGCUGUGUGAGCUCUGGGUCUGCUGUGUGAGGUCUGGGUCUGCUGUGUGAGGUCUGGGUCUGGCUGUGUGAGGUCUGGGUCUGCUGUGUGAGUCUGGGUCUGCUGUGUGAGGUCUGGGUCUGCUGUGUGAGUCUGGGUCUGCUGUGUGAGGUCUGGGUCUGCUGGGUUGUUGUGAGUCUGGGUCUGCUGUGUGAGCUCUGGGUCUGCUGUGUGAGCUCUGGGUCUGCUGUGUGAGCUCUGGGUCUGUGUGGUGAGGUCUGGGUCUGCUGUGUGAGGUCUGGGUCUGCUGUGUGAGGUCUGGGUCUGCUGUGUGAGGUCUGGGUCUGCUGUGUGAGCUCUGGGUCUGCUGUGUGAGCUCUGGGUCUGCUGUGUGAGCUCUGGGUCUGCUGUGUGAGGUCUGGGUCUGCUGUGUGAGCUCUGCUGAGUUAGAGGGGUAUUGGAGUUAAUUGUGUGACCUCACAGAGCUGUUAGUGUUCUGAAGUGAGGCUGAGUGACUCAACUCACCUCCGUACCCACAACCCUCCCUGUCCUCUGUCCCCACAACCCUCCCUGUCCUCUGUCCCCACGACCAAUCCUGUCCUCUGUCCCCACAACCCUCCCUGUCCUCUGUCCCUACGACCAAUCCUGUCCUCUGUCCCCACGACCAAUCCUGUCCUCUGUCCCCACAACCAACCCUGUCCUGGUGACACCUCCACUAGCACCACCAAUACUGUGCACUAGAGUGCCAUUAUCUAGGGCAGUGUUCCGCAACAUUUUCUGAGCAGACAUCAUUUUCUGAGUCAAAAUGCAGGCCGAGAUCUACUGCUCAGAAACUUUUUUUAAAUGACUUUUAAAAAACGUAAGCCUCUGCAACAUGAACCAAUUAAAGAGUUCUGUAGCAGUGAGGUUUGUGCAGUAGGCUGUAGGUCCAGUACAUUAUCACUGGAUAUUGGCUACGCUUGAAUUGACCUGCCAAUGAUGAUCUUCUCAGACCAUUUACAAAUUAUAUUUCAAAACGUGAGGUAUAUUAUGCAUUCGGAAAGUAUUCAGAUCCCUUGAUUAUUUUCCCACAUUUUGUUACAUUACAGCCUUAUUCUAAAUUGAUUAAAUAUUUUUUUCCCCUUAUCAAUCUACACACAAUACCCCAUAAUGACAAAGCAAAAACAGAUUUUUAGAAAUGUUUGAAAAAACCCGGAAAUAUUACAUUUACAUAAGUAUUCAGACCCUUUACUCAGUACUUUGUUGAAGCACCUUUGGCAGCAAUUACAGACUUGAGUCUUCUUGGGUAUGACGCUACAAGCUUGGCACACCUGUAUUUGGGGAGUUUUUCCCAUUCUUCUCUGCAGAUCCUCUCAAGCUCUGUCAAGUUGGAUGGGGAGCGUCGCUGCACAGCUAUUUUCAGGUCUCUCCAGAGAUGUUCGAUCGGGUUCAAGUCCGGGCUCUGGCUGGGCCACUCAAGCACAUUCAGAGACUUGUCGGAAGCCACUCCUGCGUUGUCUUUGCCUGUGUGCUUAGGGCCGUUGUCCUGUUGGAAGGAGAACCUUCACCCCAGUCUGAGGUCCUGAGCACUCUGGAGCAGGUUUUCAUCAAGGAUUUCUCUGUACUUUGCUCCGUUCAUCUUUCCCUCGAUCCUAACUAGUCUCCCAGUCCCUGCUGCUGAAAAACAUCCCCACAGCAUGAUGCUGCCACCACCAUGCUUCACAGUAGGGAUGGUGCCAGGUUUCCUCCAGACGUGACGCUUGGCAUUCAGGCCAAAGAGUUCAAUCUUGGUUUCACCAUUCCAGAGAAUCUUGUUUCUCAUGGUCUGAGAGUCCUUUAGCUGCCUUUUGGCAAACUCCAAGCAUGCUGUCAUGUGCCUUUUACUGAGGAGUGGCUUCCAUCUGGCCACUCUACCAUAAAGGCCUGAUUGGUGGAGUGCUACAGAGAUGGUUGUCCUUCUGGAAGGUUGUCCCAUCUCCACAGAGGAACUCUGGAGCUCUGUCAGAGUGACCAUCGGGUUCUUGGUCACCACCCUGACCAAGGCCCUUCUCCCGCGAUUGCUCAGUUUGGCCGGGCAGCCAGCUCUAGGAAGAGUCUUGGUGAUUCCAAACUUCUUCCAUUUAAGAAUGAUGGAGGCCACUGUGUUCUUGGGUAGCUUCAGUGCUGCAGAAAUGUCUUGGUACCCUUCCCCAGAUCUGUGCCUCGACACAAUCCUGUCUCGGACAAUUCCUUCGACCUCAUGGCUUGGUUUUUGCUCUGACAUGCACUGUCAACUGUGGGACCUUUAUAUAGACACGUGUGUGCCUUUCCAAAUCAUGUCCAAUCAAUUGAAUUUACCACAGGUGGACUCCAAUCAAGUUGUAGAAACAUUUCAAGGAUGAUCAAUGGAAACAGGAUGCACCUGAGGUCAUUUUCGAGUCUCAUAGCAAAGGGUCUGAAUACUUACACUACCAAUCAAAAGUUUGGACACCUACUCAUUCAAGGGUUUUUCUUAAUUUUUACUAUUUUUUACAUUGCACACUCUUGGCAUUCUCUCAACCAGCUUCAUGAGGUAGUCUCCUGGAAUGCAUUUCAAUUAACAAAUGUGCCUUCUUAAAAGUUAUGGAAUUUAUUUCCUUCUUAAUGUGUUUGAUCCAAUCAGUUGUGUUGUGACAAGGUAUACAGAAGAUAGCCCUAUUUGGUAAAAGACCAAGUCCAUAUUAUGGCAAGAAAAGCUCAAAUAAGCAAAUUACUUCAGAUGGCGCCGUUUUACGGCCCUCUAACCAAUUGUGUGUUUUUCCGCGUUAUUUGUAAUUUAUUCUGUACAUAAUGUUUCUGCCACCGUCUCUUAUGACCAAAAAGAGCUUCUGGAUAUCAGGACAGCGAUUACUCACCUCGUAUUGGACGAAGAUUUUUUCUUCAACGAGUCGGACUCGAAGGAUAUUCGACAGACACCCGACAAGGCCCAAAUCCCCGUCAUUCGCAUGAGAAAGAGACAGAGAUAUCGUGGACGUAGGUCGGGGUGCCUUGUAAGGAUCCGACGGCGAGCGAGUAAACUGCCUCUUCCAUCAAUCCUAUUAGCCAAUGUUUAAUCAUUUGAAAAUAAAUUGGACGACCUAAGAUUACGGUUAUCCUACCAACGGGACAUUAAAAACUGUAAUAUCUUAUGUUUCACUGAGUCGUGGCUGAACGACGACAUGGAUAACAUACAGCUGGCGGGCUAUACGCUACAUCGGCAGGAUAGAACGGCUGACUCCGGUAAGACAAGGGGUGGCGGUCUGUGUAUAUUUGUAAACAACAGCUGGUGCAUAAAAUCUAAUACUAAGGAAGUCUCAAGGUUUUGCCCGCCUGAGGUAGAGUACCUCAUUAUAAGCUGUAGACCAUACUAUUUACCAAGAGAGUUUUCAUCUAUAUUUUUCGUAGCUGUCUAUUUACCACCACAAACCGAUGCUGGCACUAAGAUUGCACUCAAUGAGCUGUAUAAGGCCAUAAGCAAGCAGGAAAAUGUUCAUCCAGAGGCAGCGCUCCUAGUGGCCGGGGACUUUAAUGCAGGGAAACUUAAAUCCGUUCUACCUAAUUUCUACCAGCAUGUUAAAUGUGCACAAUGCUGUGUACUACUCCCUUCACAGAACAGCGCAAACUGGCUCUAACCAGAAUAGAAAGAGGAGUGGGAGGCCCCGGUGCACAACUGAGCAAGAGGAUAAAUAUAUUAGUGUCUAGGUUGAGAAACAGACGCCUCACAGGUCCUCAACUGGCAGCUUCAUUAAAUAGUACCCGCAAAACACCAGUCAACAUCAACAGUGAAGAGACGAUUUCGGGAUGCUGACCUAGGCAGAGUUGCAAAGAAAAAGCCAUAUCUUAGACUGGCCAAUAAAAAGAAAAGAUUAAGAUGGGAAAAAGAACACGGACACUGGACAGAGGAAGAUUGGAAACAAGUGUUAUGAACAGACAAAUCGAAGUUUGAGGUGUUCGGAUCACAAAGAAGAACAUUUGUGAGACGCAGACCAAAUGAAAAGAUGCUGGAGGAGUGCUUGAUGCCAUCUGUCAAGCAUGGUGGAGGCAAUGUGAUGGUCUGGGAGUGCUUUGGUGGUGGUAAAGUGGGAGAUUUGUACAGGGUAAAAGGGAUCUUGAAGAAGGAAGGCUAUCACUCCAUUUUGCAAUGUCAUGCCAUACCCUGUGGACGGUGCAUGAUUGGAGCCAAUUUCCAUUGUUGGUUAAGGGCUUGUAAGUAAGCAUUUCACUGUAAGGUCUACACCUGUUGUAUUCGGCGCAUGUGGCAAAUACGAUUUGAUUUGAUAAACGACAGUCCAUUACUUUAAGACAUGAAGGUCAGUCAAUACAGAAAAUGUCAAGAACUUUGAAAGUUUCUUCUAGUGCAGUCGCAAAAACCAUCAAGCGCUAUGAUGAAACUGGCUCUCAUGAGGACCGCCACAGGAAUGGAAGACCCAGAGUUACCUCUGCUGCAGAGGAUAAGUUCAUUAGAGUUACCAGCCUCAGAAAUUGCAGCCCAAUAUAAAUGCAUCAGAGUUAAAGUCACAGACACAUCUCAACAUCAACUGUUCAGAGGGGACUGUGUGAAUCAGGCCAAUGUAGAAAAUAGUAAAAAUAAAGAAAAACCCUUGAAUGAGUAGGUGUCCAGACUUUUGACUGUUACUGUAUGUAAAUAAGGUAUUUCUGUUUUUUUAUUUUUUUAUUCAUUUGCAAACAUUUCUAAAAACCUGUUUUUGCUUUGUCGUUAUGGGGUAUUGUGUGUAGAUUGAGGGAAAACAUUUAUUUAUUCAAUUUUAGAAUAAGGCUGUAAAGAAACAAAAUGUGGAAAAAGGGAAGCGGUCUGAAUACUUUCCGAAUGCACUGUACGUUAGAGGCUCAGUGAUCGAGGAAGACACUGGAGGCACCAAAGAGGCACCAAUCUCAUCAUGACCUGCUGCUAUCUUUAACUUACCAAUGACCUCCAUCACCUCCAUCACAUCAGGAGGUGGGGUCGACUAUCAACUUCGCUGUGGGAUCGUGGAAGCUGCAGGUGAUCUAAGCUAUUUGAUAGGCCAGCGGUAGACCUAUUAUAGGUGCACUUGAUUUGCUCUCUGGGCCCGCCGGUUAGGCGGAGUUUGUACCUUCAGACACAUGAAAUGGUUCAAAAUGGGAACACUUCGACUACCCGGUGUGCAGGCCAGCUGAAUCAAGUGCACUUACCGCAAACAGAGCAAAUAAAAAAAUAGGAGAUACAAGGCUUUAUCGUUGGUCUUUUUACAGAAAUGUUUGGCGAUCUACUAGGAAAGGCUUGGAGAUCGACCGGUUGGUGACCACUGAUCUAGGGAUAGAUCGACCGGUUGGUGACCACUGAUCUAGGGAUAGAUCGACCGGUUGGUGACCACUGACCUAGGGAUAGAUCGACCGGUUGGUGACCACUGACCUAGGGAUAGAUCGACCGGUUGGUGACCACUGACCUAGGGAUAGAUCGACCGGUUGGUGACCACUGACCUAGGGAUAGAUCGACCGGUUGGUGACCACUGACCUAGGGAUAGAUCGACCGGUUGGUGACCACUGACCUAGGGAUAGAUCGACCGGUUGGUGACCACUGACCUAGGGAUAGAUCGACCGGUUGAGAUCGACCGGUUGGUGACCACUGACCUAGGGAUAGAUCGACCGGUUGGUGACCACUGAUCUAGGGAUAGAUCGACCGGUUGGUGACCACUGACCUAGGGAUAGAUCGACCGGUUGGUGACCACUGACCUAGGGAUAGAUCGACCGGUUGGUGACCACUGACCUAGGGAUAGAUCGACCGGUUGGUGACCACUGACCUAGGGAUAGAUAGAUCGACCGGUUGGUGACCACUGACCUAGGGAUAGAUCGACCGGUUGGUGACCACUGACCUAGGGAUAGAUCGACCGGUUGGUGACCACUGAUCUAGGGAUAGAUAGACCGGUUGGUGACCACUGAUCUAGGGAUAGAUCGACCGGUUGGUGACCACUGACCUAGGGAUAGAUCGACCGGUUGGUGACCACUGAUCUAGGGAUAGAUCGACCGGUUGGUGACCACUGACCUAGGGAUAGAUCGACCGGUUGGUGACCAGUGACCUAGGGAUAGAUCUUUAGAUAGCACCCCAACAUUAGGAGUAGGGUCCUCCCGCUGUAUUUCUCUUUUUCUAAUCUUUUGAACAUUAUUUUCUUCUUUCAGGCUUUCUUCUUGGUCUAUGCAUUAGGAUGCCUUUCAGUUUACUACAAUGAGGUAAGAAGCUACAGUCUUAUAAACAUAUUAUACGUCAUAUUAACUAAAGCCUUUGCUGUUAUGGUGCAUGUUUGUUUACUCUGUCGUAGCCGGCCGCGACCGGGAGACCCACGGGGCGGCGCACAAUUGGCCCAGCGUCGUCCAGGGUAGGGGAGGGAAUGGCCGGCAGGGAUGUAGCUCAGUUGGUAGAGCAUGGCGUUUGCAACGCCAGGGUUGUGGGUUCGAUUCCCACGGGGGGCCAGUAUGAAAAAAAUAAAAAAUAAUGUAUGCUCUCACUAACUGUAAGUCGCUCUGGGUGAGAGUGUCUGCUAAAUGACUAAAAUCUAAAUGGUGCGAGUCUUGUUUGGUAAGAGUCUUGUUUGGUAAGAGUCUUGUUUGGUAAGAGUCUUGUUUGUUCUAACCCUAACCCUCUUCAGGAGCCGUUGUCUGUGCUCCAGCUGUGGGAGAUGUUCCGGUCGGUCCAGCCCCACUUUGAGACUUCAUACAUGGCCUACCAUUACUUCCGCAGCAGGGGGUGGGUGCCCAAGCCUGGGGUGAAGUACGGGACUGACCUCAGUGAGUUAAUAAUAAGUUAAUUUAUUGCAGACUGUUUUAGUGCCCUCGCCAAUUCAUUGAUAUAUACAGUGGCUUGUGAAUGUAUUCACCCCCCUUGGCAUUUUUGUUAUUUUGUUGCCUUACAACCUGGAAUUAAAAUGGAUUUUUUUUGGGGGGGGUUGUAUAAUUUCAUUUACACAACAUGCCUACCACUUUGAAGAUGCAAAAUAUGUUUUAUUGUGAAACAAACAAGAAAUAAGACAAAAAAACAGAACUUGAGCGUGCAUAACUAUUCACCCCCCCCAAAGUCAAUACUUUGUAGAGCCCACCUUUUGCAGCAAUUACAGCUGCAAGUCUCUUGGGGUAUGUCUAUAAGCUUGGCACAUCUAGCCACUGGGAUUUUUUGCCCAGGUAAUUGGUUGCACCAGAUCUUAUUUAGGGGCUUCAUAGCACGCACCACUUUUCCGUUAUUUAUUUUUUUGAAUUAUUUGAAACAAGUUAUUUUUUUCAUUUCACUUCACCAAUUUGGACUAUUUUGUGUAUGUCCAUUACAUGAAAUCCAAAUAAAAAUCCAUUUUAAAUCCAUCACAGGUUGUAAUGCUACAAAAUAGGAAAAACGCCAAGGGGGAUGAAUACUUUUGCAAGGCACUGUACCUGAUUACUUCUUAUCAGUGCUUGACUUGGACUGAAAUAGGUUCCGGUACUCAUUUUGGGUGCUGGUACUGUUAGGGUUAGGGUUAGGGUUAAUAGGUUCCGGUACUCAUCUUGGGUUCUGGUACUGUUCGUUUAGAUGCAGGAGCUCCACAGUACUUUUGAGCGAAUAUUCUAUAACAGGAACAGGAGUUGAAGCAGUAGAACAUUUGAGUACUCAGCUCAGGUGAGCUCCUGCCCAAGUCAAGCACUGCUUCUUAUCCUACAGCUGUGUCUGUCACUGGCAGGAAACUCUGAGGACCUAGAAUAUUUUAUACAGUGUUUCCAGUUCGUUGCAGACAGGCCAUGUGUAGCCAAUGUGAUUUAUAGGAUAUUUAUUUUCAUCAGGAUAUUUUCUACCUGCAGGCUGCAAUGAUUUUAUUUGUUGGCUUUAUGGAGGCUAUUUUUACAUAGUUGGCAAUAGAAGUUACUUUUUAAGUUUGUAUCAUUUUCAUUUAGUUUUGGAUAGAAUUUUGAUGAACCACAUGACAAUGAUUUUGAGAUAAAGUGCCUUCGGAAAGUAUUCAGACCCCUUGACCUUUUCCACAUUUUGUUACGUUACAGCCUUAUUCUAAAAUUGAGACCCAUGGGGCGGCGCACAAUUGGCCCAGCGUCGUCCAGGGUAGGGGAAGGAAUGGCCGGCAGGGAUGUAGCUCAGUUGGUAGAGCAUGGCGUUUGCAACGCCAGGGUUGUGGGUUCGAUUCCCACGGGGGGCCAGUAUGAAAUAAAUAAAAAAUAAUGUAUGCACUCACCAACUGUAAGUCGCUCUGGGUGAGAGUGUCUGCUAAAUGUCUAAAAUGUUAUGGGAAGGAGGGUCAAUAGAAAGAGAGUGAAAGUAAGAGACAGAGAUUCAACUUAUCGUUGUUACAUUUGGAAACCACCACUCAUUCGGAUAAGAAAUGCAAUUACAUUUACAUUUACGUCAUUUAGCAGACGCUCUUAUCCAGAGCGACUUACAAAUAGGUGCAUUCACCUUAUAGCCAGUGGGAUAACCACUUUACAAUGUUUUUUUUUUGGGGGGGGGGGGGGGGUAGAAGGAUUACUUUAUCCUAUCCCAGGUAUUCCUUAAAGAGGUGGGGUUUCAAAUGUCUCCGGAAGGUGGUGAGUGACUCCGCUGUCCUGGCGUCGUGAGGGAGCUUGUUCCACCAUUGGGGUGCCAGAGCAGCGAACAGUUUUGACUGGGCUGAGCGGGAACUAUGCUUCCGCAGAGAUAGGGGAGCCAGCAGGCCAGAGGUGGAUGAACGCAGUGCCCUCGUUUGGGUGUAGGGACUGAUCAGAGCCUGAAGGUACGGAGGUGCCGUUCCCCUCACAGCUCCGUAGGCAAGCACCAUGGUCUUGUAGCAGAUGCGAGCUUCAACUGGAAGCCAGUGGAGUGUGCGGAGGAGCGGGGUGACGUGAGAGAACUUGGGAAGGUUGAACACCAGACGGGCUGCGGCAUUCUGGAUGAGUUGUAGGGGUUUAAUGGCACAGGCAGGGAGCCCAGCCAACAGCGAGUUGCAGUAAUCCAGACGGGAGAUGACAAGUGCCUGGAUUAGGACCUGUGUACCUUCCUGUGUAAGGCAGGGUCGUACUCUCCGAAUGUUGUAGAGCAUGAACCUACAGGAUCGGGUCACCGCCUUGAUGUUAGCGGAGAACGACAGGGUGUUGUCCAGAGUCACGCCAAGGCUCUUCGCACUCUGGGAGGAGGACACAACGGAGUUGUCAACCGUGAUGGCGAGAUCAUGGAACGGGCAGUCCUUCCCCGGGAGGAAGAGCAGCUCCGUCUUGCCGAGGUUCAGCUUGAGGUGGUGAUCCGUCAUCCAUACUGAUAUGUCUGCCAGACAUGCAGAGAUGCGAUUCGCCACCUGGUUAUCAGAAGGGGGAAAGGAGAAGAUUAGUUGUGUGUCGUCAGCGUAGCAAUGAUAGGAGAGGCCAUGUGAGGAUAUGACAGAGCCAAGUGACUUGGUGUAUAGCGAGAAUAGGAGGAGCACGUGGUGCGGAGACAGCUUCUCGCCACGCCACUUGGUAGGAGCGACCGGUCAGGUAGGACGCAAUCCAAGAGUGAGCCGCGCCGGAGAUGCCCAGCUCGGAGAGGGUGGAGAGGAGGAUCUGAUGGUUCACAGUAUCAAAGGCAGCAGACAGGUCUAGAAGGACAAGAGCAGAGGAGAGAGAGUUAGCUUUAGCAGUGCGGAGAGCCUCUGUGACACAGAGAAGAGCAGUCUCAGUUGAAUGACCAGUCUUGAAACCUGACUGGUUUGGAUCAAGAAGGUCAUUCUGAGAGAGAUAGCAAGAGAGUUGGAUAAAGACGGCACGCUCAAUAGUUUUGGAGAGAAAAGAAAGAAGGGAUACUGGUCUGUAGUUGUUGACAUCAGAGGGAUCGAGUGUUGGUUUUUUGAGAAGGGGUGCAACUCUCGCUCUCUUGAAGACGGAAGGGACAUAGCCAGCGGUCAAGGAUGAGUUGAUCAGCGAGGUGAGGUAAGGGAGAAGGUCACCGGAGAUGGUCUGGAGAAGAGAGGAGGGGAUAGGGUCAAGCGGGCAGGUUGUUGGGCGGCCUGCCGUCGCAAGAUUUUAUCUGGAGAGAGAGGGGAGAAAGAAGUCAAAGCAUAGGGUAGGGCAGUGUGAGCAGAACCAGCAGUGUCAUUUGACUUAACAAACGAGGAUCGGAUGUCGUCAACCUUCUUUUCAAAAUGGUUGACGAAGUCAUCCACAGAGAGGGAGGGGGGGGGGGGGAUUUUGCAGGGAGGAGAAUGUGGCAAAGAGCUUCCUAGGUUUAGAGGAGGAUGCUUGGAAUUUAGAGUGGUAGAAAGUGGCCUUAGCAGCAGAAACAGAUGAAGAAAAUGUAGAGAGGAGGGAGUGAAAAGAUGCCAGGUCUGCAGGGAGUCUAGUUUUCUUCCAUUUCCGCUCAGCUGCCCGGAGCUCUGUUCUGUGAGCUCGCAAUGAGUCAUCAAGCCACGGAGCUGGAGGGGAGGACCGAGCCGGCCGGGAGGAUAGGGGACAUAGAGAGUCAAAGGAUGCAGAAAGGGAGGAGAGGAGGGUUGAGGAGGCAGAAUCAGGAGAUUGGAGGGAGAAGGAUUGAGCAGAGGGAAGAGAUGAUAGGAUGGAAGAGGAGAGAGUAGCGGGAGAGAGAGAGCGAAGGUUGCGACGGCGCAUUACCAUCUGUGUAGGGGCAGAGUGAGUAGUGUUGGAGUAGAGGGAGAUGGAAAAGGAUACAAAGUAGUGGUCGGAGACUUGGAGGGGAGUUGCAGUGAGAUUAGUAGAAGAACAGCAUCUAGUAAAGAUGAGGUCAAGCGUAUUGCCUGCCUUGUGAGUAGGGGGGGACGGUGAGAGGGUGAGGUCAAAAGAGGAGAGGAGUGGAAAGGAGGAGGCAGAGAGAAAUGAGUCAAAUGUAGACGUAGGGAGGUUGAAAUCCCCCAGAACUGUGAGGGGUGAGCCAUCCUCAGGAAAGGAACUUAUCAAGGCGUCAAGCUCAUUGAUGAACUCUCCAAGGGAACCUGGAGGGCGAUAGAUGACAAGGAUAUUAUGCUUAAAUGGGCUAGUGACUGUGACAGCAUGGAAUUCAAAUGAGGAGACAGACAGAUGGGUCAGGGGAAAAAUUGAGAAUGUCCACUUGGGAGAGAUGAGGAUUCCUGUGCCACCACCCCGCUGACCAGAUGCUCUCGGGGUAUGCGAGAACACAUGGUCAGACGAGGAGAGAGCAGCAGGAGUAGCAGUGUUUUCAGUGGUAAUCCAUGUUUCCGUCAGCGCCAAGAAGUCGAGGGACUGGAGGGUAGCAUAGGCUGGGAUGAAGUCUGCCUUGUUGGCAGCAGAACGGCAGUUCCAGAGGCUGCCUGAGACCUGGAACUCCACGUGGGUCGUGCGUGCAGGGACCACCAGGUUAGAGAGGCAGCAGCCACGCGGUGUGAGGCGUUUGUGUAGCCUGUGCGGAGAGGAGAGAACAGGGAUAGGCAGAGACAUAGUUGACAGGCUGCAGCAGAUGGCUACAAUAAUGCAGAGGAGAUCGGAAUAAAAUGAACUAAACAUAUGGGAAAGGAGAGAGCGGGGCCUCCCGCAAUGCAUAUUUACGCGUAGCUGUCCUUGAUCGUCAUCUCUCUGUUGAACCACUUUCUCAAAAAGGGUUUGAGUGUCCUAUCCCACUUCGGUGAGACUCGGCUUGUCUUCGAAUGGAGUGUUCGUUAGAAUAGAUACUUCAGAUGUACCAACGGUUGUCUGAGAGGGAUGGUCCUUCCCAACUGGUGUCUUUAGUGAAAGGUCUAGACAACUUUACAUGCCAGCUGCAGACUGAUAACGCUACGGUCUAGUGUGUGGUCUUCUUCUCGUGUAGAGAUUGAGAGUUUCAUCAUUUGAAACGUAUGGACUACCGUCUCACGUUUUCUGGUCUGUAGAGGUUCAACCAUUUGUAACGUGAGCUCGCGCUUCAUGUUGUCUGGUCUUUCUCAUUCAAAGGUCUAACCAUUCUAAACGUGCAGUCGCCACUCUCACGUUUUCUGGUCGAACCAUUUUAAGCCAUGUAGCCACAGCUCCACGCUUCCUGGUCUAACCAUUUUAAGCCAUGUAGCCACAGCUCCACGCUUCCUGGUCUAACCAUUUUAAGCCAUGUAGCCACAGCUCCACGCUUCCUGGUCUAACCAUUUUAAGCCAUGUAGCCACAGCUCCACGCUUCCUGGUCUAACCAUUUUAAGCCAUGUAGCCACAGCUCCACGCUUCCUGGUCUAACCAUUUUAAGCCAUGUAGCCACAGCUCCACGCUUCCUGGUCUAACCAUUUUAAGCCAUGUAGCCACAGCUCCACGCUUCCUGGUCUAACCAUUUUAAGCCAUGUAGCCACAGCUCCACGCUUCCUGGUCUAACCAUUUUAAGCCAUGUAGCCACAGCUCCACGUUUUCUGGUCUAACCAUUUUAAGCCAUGUAGCCACAGCUCCACGCUUCCUGGUCUAACCAUUUUAAGUCAUGUAGCCACAGCUCCACGCUUCCUGGUCUAACCAUUUUAAGCCAUGUAGCCACAGCUCCACGCUUCCUGGUCUAACCAUUUUAAGCCAUGUAGCCACAGCUCCACGCUUCCUGGUCUAACCAUUUUAAGCCAUGUAGCCACAGCUCCACGUUUUCUGGUCUAACCAUUUUAAGCCAUGUAGCCACAGCUCCACGCUUCCUGGUCUAACCAUUUUAAGCCAUGUAGCCACAGCUCCACGCUUCCUGGUCUAACCAUUUUAAGCCAUGUAGCCACAGCUCCACGCUUCCUGGUCUAACCAUUUUAAGCCAUGUAGCCACAGCUCCACGUUUUCUGGUCUAACCAUUUUAAGCCAUGUAGCCACAGCUCCACGCUUCCUGGUCUAACCAUUUUAAGUCAUGUAGCCACAGCUCCACGCUUCCUGGUCUAACCAUUUUAAGCCAUGUAGCCACAGCUCCACGCUUCCUGGUCUAACCAUUUUAAGCCAUGUAGCCACAGCUCCACGCUUCCUGGUCUAACCAUUUUAAGCCAUGUAGCCACAGCUCCACGUUUUCUGGUCUAACCAUUUUAAGCCAUGUAGCCACAGCUCCACGCUUCCUGGUCUAACCAUUUUAGCCAUGUAGCCACAGCUCCACGCUUCCUGGUCUAACCAUUUUAAGCCAUGUAGCCACAGCUCCACGCUUCCUGGUCUAACCAUUUUAAGCCAUGUAGCCACAGCUCCACGCUUCCUGGUCUAACCAUUUUAAGCCAUGUAGCCACAGCUCCACGCUUCCUGGUCUAACCAUUUUAAGCCAUGUAGCCACAGCUCCACGCUUCCUGGUCUAACUAUUUUAAGCCAUGUAGCCACAGCUCCACGCUUCCUGGUCUAACCAUUUUAAGCCAUGUAGCCACAGCUCCACGCUUCCUGGUCUAACCAUUUUAAGCCAUGUAGCCACAGCUCCACGCUUCCUGGUCUAACCAUUUCAAGCCAUGUAGCCACAGCUCCACGCUUCCAGGUCUAAAGGUUAAUUUGUUUUUCAAGCUGUUUUUAUGCCCUCUGGGUAAAAGGGGCGUUCCAUCGUGAUGACACGAUCUCUGAUGUCACUCGGGCGUGGCUAGUCACUGUGCAUAGUUUAUAUGAAAAACUAUUAUCUUAUUAGUAGACUAAAAUCACAUUCCUAUCAUCACAAAAGUAUUCUCAUACUUAUCAUAUAUUUUAUACAACAUUUAGAUGCAAACCCGACCCAGAAUGCGUACCAUUUAGAUGCAAACCCGACCCAGAAUGCGUACCAUUUAGAUGCAAUCCCGACCCAGAAUGCGAACACUUUAGAUGCAAACCCGACCCAGAAUGCGUACCAUUUAGAUGCAAACCCGACCCAGAAUGCGAACCAUUUAGAUGCAAACCCGACCCAGAAUGCGAACCAUUUAGAUGCUAACCCUAACCCAAACCCGACCCAGAAACUUUCAGAGUUAGUUCAUUUGUUAUACCAUCCUUAAUGACAUCACAAAAUAAUAAACCACAUGAUUAUUGUUUACAUCCCCACCAAACAUUCCAAACAUUUGGAUGUUAGAAAUAAUGUUCUAAUGUCCAAUCUUUUGGAGAAAAAGGUUUUGGCGGCAAAAGUCUCUCUAUAACAGAGAUUUCAGUCUGCAAACUAUUUAUGACCGGCUGUUAAGUCAUAAAACCGGCCCAACCCCCCCUCUCCCCAACCAUGUGUCAAGCUGAUCUGGCACCUCUACAAGGAGAGUCAUGACAACCGUGAAUCUUUGCGGUUUAGAUUCACUGUUUAAUUGGUUGACUGUGAAUGUUUGCGGUAUAGUUUCACUGUUAGUUUAAUGGGUUAACUCCCCUCACCUGGUUGUCUAGGUCUUAGUGAGGAACUCUGCUCACCUGGUUGUCUAGGUCUUAGUAAGGAACUCCCCAUCUAGUUGUCUAGGUCUUAGUAAGGAACUCCCCUCACCUGGUUGUCUAGGUCUUAGUAAGGAACUCCCCUCACCUGGUUGUCUAGGUCUUAGUAAGGAACUCCCCACAUAGUUGUCUAGGUCUUAGUAAGGAACUCCCCUCACCUGGUUGUCUAGGUCUUAGUAAGGAACUCCGCUCACCUGGUUGUCUAGGUCUUAGUAAGGAACUCCCCUCACCUGGUUGUCUAGGUCUUAGUAAGGAACUCCCCUCACCUGGUUGUCUAGGUCUUAGUAAGGAACUCCCCUCACCUGGUUGUCUAGGUCUUAGUAAGGAACUCCCCUCACCUGGUUGUCUAGGUCUUAGUAAGGAACUCCCCUCACCUGGUUGUCUAGGUCUUAGUAAGGAACUCCCCUCACCUGGUUGUCUAGGUCUUAGUAAGGAACUCCCCUCACCUGGUUGUCUAGGUCUUAGUAAGGAACUCCCCUCACCUGGUUGUCUAGGUCUCUGUUGAAAGGAAAGACCAGCAGACACUAGACCCUCCAUUGAAUGAGUUAGACUCCCCUAUUUUAAUGGGUUGACUGUGAUCCUCCAACCAUAACAAAACACUCUUGACGCUCAGAUGUCUUGAUUCUUGAUGCUAUGAUGAUUCUGUUAGUCUUAUUGGCUUGUGCUGUAUUUUCUCUUCCAUGCAGUGCUUUACCGAAAAGGACCACCUUUCUACCAUUCAAGGUUUGUAUGAAUUACAGUACAUUAACAUUUCCAUUGAGAUCCACUAAUUGUUUAAACAGUGUUUAUCUGAGAUAUUGAUCUCCAUCCCACUCCCUCUAGUUACUCUGUGGUGGUUGAGAAGGUACACCAGCCGUGCAGAGGAGGGGCUCUACGGCCGUUCAGCUGGAGGUCUCUGGCUGCUCUCAGCAGGAUUACCGGCAACGUUUCCAAGGUAAUGCACCUUCACCUUACUGCCUGGGUCCAGCCCACCAUAGAAUUACAAUGUUAUUUCUAAUAUAAUUAAAUUCUAAUUUUAGGAUUUGUAUGCACCCCUACCUAUCCUUGGGGCAUAUUCAUGGUGGUGUCUACACCUAAUACAAAUAUGUUCACAAUAACAUACACAUUCUCAUAACUAAGUAACUCUAAGUCAACCAUAUGGUAUUCCAGGAGUGGAUGCUGUGCUACCUCAUCUACCCAUCUCACCUGACAGAUAACUAAGAUGUAAAAAUACACUGAGUGGACAAAACAUUAAGAACACCUUUCUAAUAUUGAGUUGUAUUAUAGUUAGUAUAUGCAGUGUGUAGUAUAUAGUCUAUGUAGUAGUUAGUGUGUAGUGUAUAUAUAGUGUAUUGUAUUCUAGGACUUGAUGCUUGGCUACCCUGUGUAUUGUAUUCUAGGACUUGAUGCUUGGCUACUCUGUGUAUUGUAUUCUAGGACUUGAUGCUUGGCUACUCUGUGUAUUGUAUUCUAGGACUUGAUGCUUGGCUACUCUGUGUAUUGUAUUCUAGGACUUGAUGCUUGGCUACCCUGUGUAUUGUAUUCUAGGACUUGAUGCUUGGCUACCCUGUGUAUUGUAUUCUAGGACUUGAUGCUUGGCUACUCUGUGUAUUGUAUUCUAGGACUUGAUGCUUGGCUACCCUGUGUAUUGUAUUCUAGGACUUGAUGCUUGGCUACCCUGUGUAUUGUAUUCUAGGACUUGAUGCUUGGCUACUCUGUGUAUUGUAUUCUAGGACUUGAUGCUUGGCUACUCUGUGUAUUGUAUUCUAGGACUUGAUGCUUGGCUACCCUGUGUAUUGUAUUCUAGGACUUGAUGCUUGGCUACCCUGUGUAUUGUAUUCUAGGACUUGAUGCUUGGCUACCUGUGUAUUGUAUUCUAGGACUUGAUGCUUGGCUACCCUGUGUAUUGUAUUCUAGGACUUGAUGCUUGGCUACUCUGUGUAUUGUAUUCUAGGACUUGAUGGCUUGGCUACUCUGUGUAUUGUAUUCUAGGACUUGAUGCUUGGCUACCCUGUGUAUUGUAUUCUAGGACUUGAUGCUUGGCUACUCUGUGUAUUGUAUUCUAGGACUUGAUGCUUGGCUACUCUGUGUAUUGUAUUCUAGGACUUGAUGCUUGGCUACUCUGUGUAUUGUAUUCUAGGACUUGAUGCUUGGCUACCCUGUGUAUUGUAUUCUAGGACUUGAUGCUGUGCUACAUCAUCUACCCAUCUCACCUGACAGAGGAACAUCUCUCCUCUCCAGACUGUCUCUGCAGGGUCACAGUUCAGGUAUGACUUCCGUCUAACCCUAACCCUUUCUCUGUUAACCCUUUCUCUGUUAACCCUUUCUCUGUUAACCCUUUCUCUGUUAACCCUUUCUCUGUUAACCCUUACUCUUUCUCUGUUAACCCUUUCUCUGUUAACCCUAACCCUUUCUCUGUUAACCCUUUCUCUGUUAACCCUUUCUCUGUUAACCCUUUCUCUGUUAACCCUCUCUCUGUUAACCCUAACCCUUUCUCUGUUAACCCUUUCUCUGUUAACCCUUUCUCUGUUAACCCUUUCUCUGUUAACCCUAACCCUUUCUCUGUUAACCCUUUCUCUGUUAACCCUCUCUCUGUUAACCCUCUCUCUGUUAACCCUCUCUCUGUUAACCCUCUCUCUGUUAACCCUUUCUCUGUUAACCCUCUCUCUGUUAACCCUUUCUUUGUUAACCCUUUCUCUGUUAACCCUCUCUCUGUUAACCCUUUCUCUGUUAUGGGUGGUCCUCUGUAGCUCAAUUGGUAGAGCAUGGCGCUUGUAACGCCAGGGUAGUGGGUUCGAUCCCCAGGACCACCCAUACGUAAAAAUUCAUGCACACAUGACUGUAAGUCGCUUUAGAUAAAAGCGUCUGCUAAAUGGCAUGUUAUAUUUAUAUUGAACCCUUUCUCUGCUAACCCUUUACUUCUCAUCUCUCCUCUUUCUCUCUAAUCUGUUCAUCUUUAGGAGAUUAUUUUAAGCAGAUGGAUAUCAUCACGAGAACGGACAGAGACGGACGACAUAUGACAUGACAUCUUAACUUUUUUGUCUGCUGUGUACAUAGUGUCUUCAGAAAGUAUUCACACCCCUU